CGGCAAACGGAGGGAUAGAGCGAUUCUCCCGUGCUUUCGACCUCCCCAAAUCCCUCCUCCCCCGUCUGGGUCGAUGGCUCGCCUCCUCCCCCCCCUUCCAACUGCCGCCACCGCCGCCGCCGCCUCCGCCUCCGCCUCCGCCUCCCGCUUCCGCAUACCUGCCAUCUCCGUCGCGCGGCGUCAGGCGCUCUUCGGCGAAAGAGUAGGGUUGAGGGUGCCCGCGAGACUGGCAACGAGGGGAGUGAGCGCCGGCGCGGAGGCGGGCGGGUCCGCAGCUCGAGCGGGCACGGUGAUCAGCCCUGAGGAGGCCGUGGAGUGGGUCAAGAAGGACCGGAGGCGCCUGCUCCACGUCGUCUACCGCGUCGGCGAUCUUGACAAGACUAUCAAGUUUUAUACGGAGUGCUUAGGGAUGAAGCUGCUGCGGAGAAGGGACAUCCCGGAGGAGAGGUACACCAACGCCUUUCUUGGGUACGGACCAGAGGACUCGCAUUUUGUUGUGGAGCUCACUUACAACUAUGGUGUCGAAAGUUAUGAUAUUGGGUCUGGUUUUGGUCAUUUUGGAAUUGCUGUUGAGGAUGUCGAAAAAACAGUGGAACUUAUUAAAGCCAAGGGAGGAACAGUAACAAGGGAACCAGGUCCGGUAAAAGGUGGAAAGUCAGUCAUUGCCUUCAUUAAAGAUCCUGAUGGUUACAAAUUUGAGCUUAUAGAAAGAGGUCCCACACCUGAGCCUUUGUGCCAAGUAAUGCUUCGAGUGGGAGAUCUUGAUCGUGCUAUAAGUUUCUAUGAGAAGGCAUUUGGUAUGGAACUUCUUCGCAGGAAAGACAAUCCUCAAUACAAGUAUACCAUUGCUAUGAUGGGAUAUGGCCCUGAAGACAAAAAUGCUGUACUAGAGUUGACAUACAAUUAUGGUGUCAAGGAAUAUGAUAAAGGAAAUGCUUAUGCACAGAUUGCUGUUGGUACUGAUGAUGUCUACAAGACCGCGGAAGUUGUUAGACAAAAUGGGGGACAAAUAACUCGUGAACCUGGUCCAUUACCUGGCAUUAGUACCAAGAUAACUGCCUGCAUAGAUCCAGAUGGCUGGAAAUCAGUAUUUGUUGACAAUUUAGAUUUUCUUAAGGAAUUGGAAGAAUGAGUUUUCAGGAAGAUGUCAUCUCCGUGCAGGUUUCAGUGGGCUUUUUCCUCGAGUUGCUAGCACCCCCUAUGAACUCUUGUAAAAGCCUCUAAGUGAGGUUUGUGGAUAGGUUGUCCAAUCUACCGUGUCAUCCCUGGUUGUUCAUAGAGAAUUAGGUUUGCUACUUCUUGUGAUAUAGAUGUGCAAUCCGCUUUGUUAGUGCAGUUAAACUACAUGUACAUUUUAUUCUUCUGACAAGCCAGAAAGUAUUUCAUAUGCAUUUGUUUCUGCAUUCAGAAUUUCAGAUGAACCAAUCUUUCGGUAUGGUAUGCGCAUGAGCUGCUCGUUCAAAUCCUUGUGGUGCUGAAGUCUUCUUCCUCUUGCAUUCAUGGACGGCAUGUCGUGAACAAAGUUCGUUGCGACCUCAGGGCUUACCUCAGGGCCUUCUUCAUCUCGCAGGAGCGAACUUGUUGAAAUUUAGGAGCUUAGGGUGUGUUCAGUUUCUUGCAUCGUUUUUUGGCCCUUUGUAUACUUGUCCCUUAUUUGGCUACCUGUAUACUACUGCUUUCCUGCAUCGUAGCACUGAUUCUAGGUCU